AUGAAACUGGCUUUGGCAGCUCUUCUGCCGGCUUUUGUAGCCGCAGUAUCAUCCUCCCCUUCCGUAACAAUCGAUGCUGGUACAGUUCAGGGAGGAAGGUGUGAAAAUGGAAGAAACGCCGUUUUCUACAAGGCAAUUCCUUUUGCUGAGCCUCCUGUUAAAGAACUACGAUUCGAGCCCCCAAAAGUCUACAAAAAACAAUUCUCUCAGGGCAAACUGAACGCAACCACUUCGGCCCCAACCUGCAUUCAAUUCUCGGAUGACUUCACGGAAAAAAAGUUAAACUCAUCUGCGCUCUCAUCUGAAGACUGCCUUUAUUUGGACAUUUGGGUUCCGUCUAGUGCUACUAAAGACUCGAAGCUUCCAGUCAAAGUUUGGGUCUACGGUGGCUCGGAAACAGAAGGAUCUAUCUCGGACCCCCUAUACGAUGGCUGUAAUACUGCAGAGGCGGGCUCGAUUCUUGUCACAAUCAACUACAGACUUGGUCCCCUUGGAUUUAUGGCCCUUGAAACCGCCGGAAUCUACGGUAAUCAAGGAAUUCAAGACCUCAUCCUAGGAUUGGAGUGGGUUCGGGAUAACAUCGCGGCCUUCAGCGGAGAUCCGAAAAAAGUGCUUCUCUUCGGCCAAUCAGCCGGUGCUGAGAACGUAUACAUCAUCGGCUCUCUUCCCCAAGCGCCUUCUCUUGUCAAUGCUAUCAUCUCAGAAUCGGGGGGUGGUAGGAGUCUGUCCUCAAAUUCGACCCAGCAAAAAGUUGGCGCAUCAUUUGCUCAAAUGCUCAAUUGUAGCUCUAAUGAUAAAGCUUGUCUUCAGUCUAAGACAGUUUCCGACUUGUAUACCGCAUACCCAGCCGAUGCUUUCCUGACCCAGGGAAUUGGAUACUACGGUGGCGGAUCCCUCAGUAUCCUGAGUCAGGGCACUCACAAUUUCUACCCAUAUGUAGACGGCAAUGUCAUCGCCGAAGACCCUUAUGAUCGUGGAGUACAAGUCCCAACCGUCUUUGGAUCCACUUCCAAUGAAGCUAUCGUUUAUACUUUACAGUGGGCCGCCCAAUCCGAGCAAGCCCCAACGACAUCAUUAUACAAGGAUUUCCUUCGCAAAAACUUCGGCAAUGCGGCCUCACUUGUUGGAAAGGCCUACUUGCCAUCUCUGUUUAAAUCAGAGGCCAAGGCUAUCAUUGCAGCUUCCGAUCAGUUUGCUGAGAUUGGCUACAACAUGACCUCGCUCGAAAUACUUUUAGCAAUGACACAGGUCAUAACCGAUUCCACCUAUAGGUGCCCUGCAUGGUAUGGUGCGGCGCAGGCCACUCGCAAAAACAUCCCCGCAUGGACAUACGAAUUUGCUCACAGUCCGACAUGCGCUUGGCUGUACGGAAUUCUUGGUAGUGAUGUUAGCCUUUUCGGUGGCGCACACACUUCUGAAAUUCCUUUUGUCUUCGGCAAUUUGGACAAUUCAUAUCUCCCCAAUGGGACUUGUAAUUCUACAGUCGCUGAAUGGCAUCUCGGCGACCAGAUGAUGAGCUUAUGGACUGCAAUGGCAGAGAAUGCUGAGCCAUCGACAAAGCAGAUUGAUUGGCCACGAUUCCAGACACAAGGGAAGAAUCUUUCGACUCCCGGCUUGAUUUUUGAAAAUGACACUGUGUCUGGUACAAUCGAUUACACCGGGUGUGAUCUAUGGAUUCAAGUCAACGCGAUGCUGGCGGCAAGCAAUGCUACAACCUCGGGGACACCGACUGCGGUCACUGGCAAUCCGACGUCUUCACCGUCGUCCACUCAUAUUAAUGGCGCAAUGACCCUUUUGUCUAAAACUGAGGGCUACCUUGCUUUGAGCGUGUUGCUCAUGGUAUUGUCUGCUUUUUGA